AUUAAGAAACGAGCGGGACAAAGAGCUGACUGUAGUGUGCUGAAGCCCGCUGUUGUUUUUUAGCACAGUAACCCCCCUGCCCCAUCUCUGCUGCUGCCUCCGUUUUUCAUCUGCUGCUUUUUUCAAUCCGCCUGUGUGUGUGUGUGUGUGAGUGUGUGUGUGUGAGAGAGAGAGAGAGUGUGAGUGUGUGUGCGCGCGCCGCAUCCAUACCAAGAUCCACUGACUUAUUCACCACAUGUCCCCGCAGCUUUCACCGGAUUUAAUUACAUAAUUGCCUUAUAUCGCCUCGGAAAACACGCGGGGCUGUAUCCGCGUCCGGCUGACAGCUGAUCGGCGCUUUUUGCGGGUAUCAUUGCAUUGACCUCCUCUCCAAACGUCUCCCUCACCUACACACUUGUCAUGCAGGAGGUGUAACCCUCCUUCCUCUUCUUCCUUGUGCGCCAUCGGAGGAAACCCAAAACAAGGAGAAAAAAAAAGAACCAAAAAACCAAACAAACUACGUGCAACUAGUCAAGAUGUCAGACCCUGACCCCUCCUCGCCGGCGGAUCCACCACUGCCACUCACCUCCCCGCGCACUCCCCUGCAGCUCUCCUUCCCCUUCCUGAGGGAGGGCAGUCGGGUUUGGGAGAGGGAGAGGAAACCGCCACAGCCUGGAGAGCUGCCCAGCCCCCUGCCCACCAAACGCACCCGGACAUAUUCAGCGACAGUGCGAGCCAAAUCAGGUCCAGUAUUUAAAGGGGUGUGUAAAAACUUCUCCAGGUCUCAGGGUCACGGAUUCAUACGUCCUUCUCAUGGAGGAGAGGACAUCUUCGUCCACAUCUCUGACAUUGAGGGUGAGUACGUGCCUAUGGAAGGGGACGAGGUCACGUACAAGGUGUGCCCCAUCCCCCCCAAGAACCAGAAGAUCCAGGCUGUCGAGGUGGUGAUCACCCACCUGAAUCCAGGCACCAAGCACGAGACCUGGUCAGGUCAGAUCAUCAGCUCCUAGACCAGUGCUUCAGGCUGCAGGGAUGGAAAAGGUCUUGGAAUAGAGUUUGGUGAAAGGGGGUGGGGGUUAAGGAUUUAAUUGAUGUUUUCACGGUGUGAGGUUUGGGACCAGAUCUGGGAAUGAGGGAUCAGAGCUUGGUGUACGCUGGGGGUCAGCCUGAGGUGGCUUCUUUAUGUGAGGUGUGUUGGUGGACAGUUGAGUGUAAAGGUUAGGGUCAGAAAUUAAGCUUUGAAUGUAUAUGUUUGAAUGUUUGAGGGUUUCAUCAUUUGGGUUGAAUGUUUUAGAAGAGGGGUUAUAAGUUGGAAAGUUUUGUUUUAGGGCUUGGUGCUAGCAUUUUUACUUUGACCUAGGGAAUAUAUUUUAGUCAGGAAAUCAGCAGUUGUUAGAGAAGCAGCGUCUUUUAAGUCUUCAGAUGCUGAGGAAGCAAGUGGGUUAGAGGCCGAAAUGCAUUUUGAGCAAAUUUGGAACAAUUUAGCCAUAUUGAUGCUCCAUGAGCACACCACUGAAGAGUUUAGUUUUAAAGGGACCAGAGUCAUUGGAGGUCUGAAUUUUACUCCCACUUUUCGUUGUUUUCACAACUAAUAUAAAAUACGUGCCACCACUGCCAAAAGUCGUGUGACGAUCAUCUGUGUGUUUACUACAGAUACAAGUUGUUUUUGGAAAACUUUUAUUACAGCCUUCUCUGUUGCUUACGAUCAGGCUUGGCUUAAUGUGAAAGGAACAUUUUGUCAGAUCUGCCUUCAUUGCACUGCCUUCAGAAAAUCAAAGCAUUUUCAAGGUUGUUCGACGUGCCACAAAACACCAAAUGAGUAUACCUACAGUAGUAAGUGUGACUCACAUUGAAUUCACUCUUAAUGUGUUUCGGCCUCAAGAGCUGUGAUAAGCUCCACAUGUAAGGAAUUAUUUUCCUUCUUAAUAUUGUAGCACUAUUGUAUUUUGUCUACUUGGCAAGUGUAGAAAUCCAGUAUUAUUGUAGCCAGCUCCUAUGACGGUCAUAUGUUUCGGUGGUAGAGACUUUAGAAGGACGUUAUGUGGGCCUGCCGCUGGAAAACCAGGCCAGAGGGUUUGGGGUUGUGGGAAGGAAACUGGAGAGGGGAAGGGUAUUGGGGAGGAAUGGGCAGAGGAUGGAGUGACUAUCUGUAAAUGUUCUUGAGCACAGAUGCACCUAGAUUUGAAAUGUUAUAAAGCAUGUGUAAGGAAGAUGACCAAGAGGAAAGUCAGCAGUUCUCAACCUAUGGAUUGUCAGGUUAAGGAGCUAUUUAAAAGUUUUGCUAUUGCUAUAUAGCCAAUGUUAGUGUUAACAGCUGUUUUCUUACCAGUCCAGAGGAAACAUUGCAAGUUCACCACCAAACUUCAAUCUUUUACUCGACUAAAGCUGUCUCCAGUGAUGGAAAGCAUUUGCAAUUUUUUGCCUCCACUUCUAUCACUUCUUUUCUACUUCUAAAGUUAGUAUGCUAGCUCAGGCCAUUUUGUCACUUUCUGAUAGUGAUUCACUGUAGCAUCCAGACUGCCCUGAAGUAGCGCUGCUCAGAUGACGUAUAUUUAUAUAUAUAUAUAACUCUUGACACUGAAGGUUGAAGCUCUUGGCAAGUGACUACCACCACCUUCUUCUUGGAAGAAACCAAGAGAAGAGAAAGAGAAAACUUACAAAUAGCCCCUUCAAAGAAUAGUUUUAAAUUGUGGGAUAUAUAUGUAUUUGCUUAUUAAGACUUUGAUAACAUGAUCAAUUUUCUAGUCUGACUGUUGGCAAGAAAGUGAGCAAGCAUGUUUCCCAACAUGUUGAACCAUUCCUUAAAAUUAUUUAUGUAAUCAAAAAAGAGAAAGUUUGGAUGACCAGAUUGACUUUGGAUGACUCCCUCCUCUUUUCUUUUUCUUCAGAAGAAACUGAUAUAAAAAUAAGUAUCACCAUAUCAACUUAGGAAUGGGAGGAUGAACUGCUGACUUUUGGGUUGAAGGCUCAGAAAGUUUCAUACGUCACAGCAAAUGACGGUAAAAGAAAGAAAAGAAAAAAAACAGAGCAGCAAAAGCUUCCUGAUGUAAGUUUAAAAAGACUAUUUAUUUAUUGACUUAUUUAUUUUCAUUUGUAACUACAAGAACAUCAGGUGUUUGGUAAUUAAAAGCUGCAUUUAUAAGUAUUUGUGCAAAUCUAAGCCUAUUUGAAUACACUGCACACCUCACUCUAAUGAUACUACCCUGUAAAAAUCCCUUUGCUACUGUCACGUCAUCGACAGACCAAAAAAAAAAAAAAAAGAAAGACAGAAAAAAAACCCUUGAACCUUUCCAAACACAAAUUUCUAAUUUCUACAUAAUCCUUGUCUAAUUUUUAAUAACUAUGUUGUGAUGUUCAAAAUAACAAGUGGUAUUGUUGUUUUGAAAAUCGGCAUGUUCUGUAAUGUUUUGUCGUAAUUUUUAUGUAGAAUGUGUUGAUUCUGUUUCAUCAUGCAGUAACACAGUUGGAGCCUUCAGAGAGGCGUCGUCAGGUCUCCUAUGCAUCUUUGAUUUCUCGCCACAAGUGUGACUUUAACAUCAUAGUAACACACUUUAUCUGUUUGGUUUCUUUAAUGUGAGAGGAACAAGUUUGAUUGUGUUCGCAAGCACUUUUAUUUUCGUCAAAUCACUGUGACAGUCUUUAGUCAUUAAGAUAAAGUUUGAAUAAAACUUACUACUGUAUUCACA